GUCGAGGCGGGGGGGUGGGGGUCCGCGAAGCCCUUAUCGCGCCCUGAGGUGCGUGCAGAGCUGCGUGGCGGAGCAGUGAGCGGCCGGGGGACGCGACCUAGCGACCUGUCCCACGGUCCUUCCGCGGGGAAGCAGCACCGCUCGAGGAGCUCUGCCCCGGCUCGGUUUGUUGUCACCGCCGCAAACAGUGCAGGGCUUUUGACCGCACUGUCCUCCUUAUUCGCUGUUCCUUCAGCCUCGCCCUCGGUCUCCCGCUUCGCUCUCGCUCCUGGCUCAUCGCUUGCACCGUUUUCUCCCCGUUGUCUGUUUAACGGGGUUUUUCACUGAAUCGCAGCAGCAGCUGAUGUACAGCGAGUGCUUACGCUUCAUUUUUAAAGUGGUAUUAGAAAGGUGAGAAUUGAACUGGCCAAGCGAUCGUCCUUGCUGCCUUUUCUUUGUUUCACUGCACACGAGUAUCGUCUUAGUUUCAAGUCUGGGUUUCCCUGGCUGCUGCCAAAUGUGUGGAUCAAGCAAGUGCCCUUCUGCUCUGUUUCCGUGAUGCUCUUACUUUACAAACCAUUGCAAGGCAUCAGUGGAUCCUUUGCUAGUGAUACCUCAGUCAUCGGUUAUCUCUGAGCAUCCUAAACUGUCUGGAAAGAAAAGGAAAUCAUGGCAACCGUUGCUGUUAGAAAGAAAGAAGUUACUAGAGAUUUAGAUCAUUGUGAUAUCCCGUUCUACGUUUCUGAAUUUGUGGAAAGAGAAGUUGGAAAUGACUACGAGUCUCUGAAGAAACUAGAAAACCUCAUUGAGAAGCUUUCUGAAAAUAAAAAGCAGUUAGAAGAACAGGUACUGACAGUUUCAUCAGAAGUCCCUAAAAGGAUUCAGAAUGCUUUAAAGAACGCAGAAGAUUCUAGAAAGUCUCUGAAUCAGCUCCUUGAGGAAGAAACUCUUCUAUCCAAUUCAAUCAAUAGCCACUUACUGAACGCUCAGCCGUUGAUGGAGGAUCUUGGUGUCCUGAUUAGUCAAGUAGAAGAGAUUGAACAGCACCUGUCAUAUCUUAAAUGGAUAUCACGAAUAGAAGAAUUAAGUGAUAGCAUUCAGCAAUAUCUGAUGACCAACAAUGUUCCAGAGGCAGCCAGUACUCUAGCAUUCAUGGCAGAACUAGAUCUUAAACUUCAGAAGUCAUCUUGUUCUCAUCUUCUUGCUUUUGUGAGAUCCACUGUUAAAUUCUGGCAUAAAAUUCUUAAGGACAAACUGUCAAGUGACUUUGAAGAGGUGCUAAACCAGCUCCGCUGGCCAUUUGUGGGACCACCACAGUCUCAGGCCUUUGGCCUUGCUGCACCAGCCAAUGCUCCUGAUGUGUACAACAACUUGGAGAUGUUGUUUUGUCAGCUUCUGAAAUUGCAGACCUCAGAUGAACUGUUAACCAAACCUAAACAAUUGCCGGAAAAGUACUCUUUGCCCCUGUCACCACCCAUUAUCCUUCCAAUGCAGAUCAUGCUGAAUCCCCUUCAGAAAAGGUUCAAGUAUCAUUUCACUGGAAAUAAACAAACCAAUGUUUUAAACAAGCCUGAGUGGUAUUUAACACAAGUACUUAUGUGGAUUGGAAAUCAUGCAAAGUUCCUUGAUGAGAAAAUCCAGCCAAUACUGGACAAGGCAGGAUCUUCAGUGAAUGCUGGGCUUGAAUUCUCUCGUGCUCUAGUGAUGCUGAUUUUGGAGAAGCUGGCUGCUGACAUUCCGUGCAUAUUGUAUGACGAUACACUCUUUUGUCACCUUGUGGAUGAGGUGCUUCUGUUUGAAAGAGAGUUAUACAGCGUUCAUGGCUAUCUCAGCAGCUUUCCCAGUUGCAUGCAUAUUCUGUCAGAAGAAUGCUGCUUCCAAAGGUGGCUAACAGUGGAAAAAAAAUUUGCUCUUCAGAAAAUGGACUCCAUGCUUUCAUCAGAGGCUGCGUGGAUAUCGCAAUACAAAGAUAUCACCGAUGUAGAUGAAAUGAAGGUCCCAGACUGUGCUGAAACUUUUAUGACCCUGUUGUUAGUUAUAACAGACAGGUAUAAGAAUCUUCCAACAGCUUCCAGAAAACUGCAGUUCCUCGGCCUACAGAAGGAGUUAGUUGAUGAUUUCAGGAUACGAUUAACUCAAGUAAUGAAGGAAGAGACUAGAGCUUCCUUAGGAUUCCGAUACUGUGCAAUCCUUAAUGCUGUUAACUAUAUAGCAACAGUGUUGGCAGACUGGGCUGACAAUGUAUUCUUCUUGCAGCUACAGCAGGCUGAACUGGAGGUUCGUGCAGAAAGUAACACGGUCAGUAAACUAGAGCUAGGGCAGCUGGCAUCAAUGGAGGCUUCUGUCUUUGAUGACAUGAUUAAUCUUCUGGAACGCCUGAAACAUGACAUGCUGACUCGUCAAGUGGAUCAUGUCUUCAGAGAGGUCAAAGAUGCUGCAAAGCUGUACAGAAAAGAGAGGUGGUUAUCAUUACCAUCUCAAGCAGAACAAGCAGUCAUGUCUUUAUCAAGCUCAGCUUGCCCAAUGUUGUUGACCUUACGAGACCGCUUGCUACAACUGGAACAGCAGCUCUGUCACUCACUGUUCAAAAUUUUCUGGCAAAUGCUUGCAGAGAAAGUGGAUACGUACAUAUAUCAGGAAAUAAUAAUGGCAAACCAUUUCAAUGAAGGAGGAGCAGCGCAACUCCAGUUUGACAUGAGUAGAAACCUGUUCCCUUUAUUUUCACACUACUGCAAGAGACCAGAAAACUACUUCAAGCACAUAAAAGAAGCCUGCAUUAUCCUGAACCUGAAUGUUGGCUCUGCCUUGCUUCUGAAGGAUGUACUACAGUCGGCUUCAGAAGAUGAAACAUUAAUACCAAACCAGCCAUCUGCAACGGCGGCACUCAAUGAACUUGGAGUUUAUAAAUUAGCUCAAAAAGAUGUUGAGAUUCUUCUCAAUUUGAGAGCUAGUUGGCCAAAUACAGGGAAGUAAAGACUUCUUCAGAAAUGGUUAAUAAUUUGAGCUAGAUUAUUUAUUUCAAACAAAAGCAAAGCAAAUAUGUUGUAAUAUACUUGGAAUACUUUUUUCAGCACUGUAUACUGAAUGACUGGUUUAAUCCAAUCUUAUGCCUUGUUGUAUACAGUUUUAAAUGAAAAUUCAAAAUGCGACCGACCUGGUUUGGAACUGUGCAGAUCGUAUUUUCCACAGCCAUCUUGCCAUGGCAUUUAGAAGCUAAAACUGUCAUCUCUCAUGAAUGUCUGCCUUGUCAUGGAUGUGUGCUGUAACAUUGUUCCAAGGAACACAGAGUAUGUGUGGAUGACUCUUCCCUAUGAACUGGUCUGCCUUCUCUGAACACAGAUAUUUUACAUCUCUAAAUCCCAUUUAAUCUAUGUUCUGUAUUAAAGUGUGUAUAGACGGAACACGGAAGAAAUGAAGGAAUAUGCCACUUUGUUUUCUUUAUUCAUAUUAAUUCCAUUUUUUCUUUGCUGUAUCAGUCUUGUAUUUUUUUUAAAAAGUUUUUCCUAAAAAAUUGCUAAAUACUGUGUUCUGAGUUUGAAAAUAGCAUUUUACGUGGAAGUGCCACCUUUCUUCAACUGUGGACAUUUGUCAUAGCUUGCUGAAGUUGGUCCUUCCUUUAAAAAUAAGCCCCAACACAAAACAAGCCCAACUGACAACUUAAAAAACAGAUCAAUUCUUCCAAGUUAAUCUUAAUGGCACUCCCUGACUGUAAGCCACAGGCAGAAUGAAGAAACUCCAAAUCACUGUUUUAUC